AUGUUGGCGCCGAAAAGAGCAGAGUCAUCAACCAACUCAUUCGAUGUACUCAAACCCAAGGCCAUGAUAGAGGUCGCCUGCUACAUGGGCUAUUCUGCGAUCUUGUUCAGCGACGCAGUGCGUCGAAAUGGCGGCGACCGCUAUUUCAUUCUAGAAUUGAACCCAUAUUUCGCCACAGCUGUUGAUGUGAUCGUUGAGCUAGCUGGAUUGCAUGACUUCGUGCACAUCAUCGUCGGUCGAAGCGACGUUGUCCCUACACAAAUUCAUCACGUCGGACGUUGUGAAGGGGGUGGGACUUCUCUUCGAUCAUUACAAACCAGCAUAUACCACAUGGGCAGUGGUGCUGACGUCAAGCUGUUUAGGGCUGAGCAGAAGCGUGAGGCGGCUAAGGCUGGACCUUCCCAGGCAUAUAACACAACCGGGAUGGCCGAAAGAACGGUGCCGUCCUUUACUUACAACGUCGGCAUUGUCGGCUACGGCUUCAGCGCAAAGAUCUUCCACAUUCCCUUCGUGAAGGAAGUGCCCCAGCUCAAGCUCUACGCAGUUGUCCAGCGUACUCCAAAGCCGGAUGAUGAUGUCGAGAAGGACCACCCCGGUGUGAAGUCUUUCCGUACUACCGAGGAGAUGGUCCAGGACCCCGCGAUCGACGUGGUGAUCAUUACUACUGCCCCCGACUCUCACUUUGCACUAUCCAAGCUUGCGCUGGAGGCUGGCAAGCACGUUGUCUGCGAGAAGCCCUUCACCCCCACCGCCCAGGAAGCUGAUGACCUCAUCGCUAUUGCGAAGAAGAACAACAAGCAGCUUGCCGUGUUCCAGAAUCGUCGCUUCGAUGCCGACUUUGUGACUCUCUCCAAGCUCGUGAAGAAUGGCUCGCUUGGCCGCAUCUCAGAGUAUGAAACUCACUUCGACCGCCACCGUCCCGAGGUGCCGGCCGCAGAUUCCCACAAGUGGAAGAACAAGGUCAUCCCUGGUGGCUCCGCCAUUUAUGACCUUGGAACCCACCUUCUGGAUCAGGCCGUGCAUCUGCUCGGGCUACCCAAGCGGGUGACCGGUUUCAUUGGCUCCGCCCGGGGAGUCACCUCGUUCUCAUAUGAGGACUCCUUCACCGUUCUGCUGCACUACGCCGAUGGCUCUAUGGUUACCGCCAAGGCAACCGUUGUCAGCCCCGAAGACGAGCAACUGCGCUUCUGGGUGCGCGGUGACAAGGGUAGCUUCAAGAAGUACCACCUUGAUAUCCAAGAAGAUCAGCUCAAGGCCGGCAUCAUGCCCCAGGAUAAGGGUUACGGCCGUGAGCCCAGCGAGCGUUACGGUACUCUGACUACUAUCCAGAACGGCAAGCCCGUCAAGGAGGUUGUUCCCACCGUCGAGCCUCCCACCUACACCGAGUACUACCGCAAGCUUGUGCGCGCUCUUGAUGGCGAGGGCGAGCUCCCUGCUAGUGGUGUGGAAGCACGCGAGGUCAUUCGUUUGAUCGAGUUGGCUCGUGAGAGUUCCAGCACUGGACGUACUUUGGACGUCUAA